UAACGGGACGGGCGCGACCAUGGCGUGGUGAGGGAGCGGGGGUGGGGAUCGGUCCCGGGGAGGCCUGGGGCCGCUGGCUUGUGUGCCGUCUCGGCCUCCCCCCCUCUCGCCGCCGCCGCCGCCCCGGGCAUGUCGUCCAACUGCACCAGCACCACGGCGGUGGCGGUGGCGCCGCUCAGCGCCAGCAAGACCAAGACCAAGAAGAAGCAUUUCGUGUGCCAGAAAGUGAAGCUAUUCCGAGCCAGCGAGCCGAUCCUCAGCGUCCUGAUGUGGGGGGUGAACCACACGAUCAAUGAGUUGAGCAAUGUCCCUGUCCCUGUUAUGCUAAUGCCAGAUGACUUCAAAGCAUACAGCAAGAUCAAGGUGGACAAUCACCUCUUCAAUAAGGAGAACCUCCCCAGCCGCUUUAAGUUUAAGGAGUACUGCCCCAUGGUGUUCCGAAAUCUUCGGGAAAGGUUUGGGAUUGACGAUCAGGAUUACCAGAACUCGGUGACACGCAGCGCCCCCAUCAACAGUGACAGCCAGGGCCGAUGUGGCACACGCUUCCUCACCACCUACGACCGGCGCUUUGUCAUCAAGACUGUGUCAAGUGAGGAUGUGGCUGAGAUGCACAACAUCUUAAAGAAGUACCACCAGUUCAUCGUGGAGUGCCAUGGCAACACCCUUUUGCCCCAGUUCUUGGGCAUGUACCGCCUGACCGUGGAUGGGGUGGAAACCUACAUGGUGGUCACCAGGAAUGUGUUCAGCCAUCGGCUCACUGUGCACCGCAAGUACGACCUCAAGGGUUCUACUGUUGCCAGAGAAGCAAGUGACAAGGAGAAGGCCAAGGACUUGCCAACAUUCAAAGACAAUGACUUCCUCAACGAAGGGCAGAAGUUGCACGUGGGAGAGGAGAGUAAAAAGAACUUCCUGGAAAAACUGAAACGGGACGUAGAGUUUCUGGCCCAGCUGAAGAUCAUGGACUACAGCCUGCUGGUGGGCAUCCACGACGUGGACCGGGCGGAGCAGGAGGAGAUGGAGGUGGAGGAGCGGGCGGAGGACGAGGAGUGCGAGAACGACGGGGUGGGCGGCAGCCUGCUCUGCUCCUACGGCACACCCCCCGACAGCCCCGGCAACCUCCUCAGCUUUCCUCGCUUCUUCGGUCCCGGGGAGUUCGAUCCCUCUGUCGAUGUUUAUGCCAUGAAAAGCCAUGAAAGUGCCCCCAAGAAGGAGGUCUACUUCAUGGCCAUCAUUGACAUCCUCACACCCUAUGACACGAAGAAGAAAGCCGCACAUGCUGCCAAAACAGUGAAACACGGGGCGGGGGCUGAGAUCUCGACUGUGAACCCUGAGCAGUACUCCAAACGCUUCAAUGAGUUCAUGUCCAACAUCCUGACGUAGUGACCUUCUACCUUCAGCCAGAGCCAGAGGAUGAGAUGCAGGGCCGGGGGUUGGAACGGGGCGAGGGUGUAUCUGGGCUACAUGGGAGGAGGGGUGGGAGCAGAGUAGGGGCGGGGAGGGCUUUAGCCGUGAGACUGUACCUGUGACGCUGGGUGAGGCUCCAGGGGGAGGGGAUGUGCUGUGUGUGCGUGCUCACAGGGUGUAGCCUCACCCCCUGCUACCUUUGCUCCCCCCCCCAAUCUGACCCAGGGUUUCCUUUUUGGUAUCUCGUAGCCUUUUAAAAUACCUUGGGGCUAGAGGUGACUAUGGGCUUAUUUGGGUUUUUCUGAAGUUUUGUUGCUCCAGGUCUAUUAUUUAUAAUGGUGUAUGUCAUGCCCUACCUGCCUUCCCACCCCUGCCGAGUCCCCUCCGUCACAGAGCACCCUGCAGACCUGGCCGAGGGUCCCCUCAGAGCCAAGUGCUCUGACGCCCGAGGAGAGGAGGUCAGACACCUCAGCCCUGCUGCGUUAACUUUCUAAUUUCAUGAAGUGUUGUGCACAACUCCCUGCACCUUUCCUCUCGGGUCCCAGGGACCCCUUCCUCCGAACGCUGCCCUCCUGCUGGGACACUCCAGCUCAGCAUCAGUCAUCUCGGAGCAGAAGCACGGAGCUCGGAGAGCAGCGCACUCACCCUCACGGGAUGGUGAGGGGUGGGGGCUGCUGCGGGCUCUGGACGGCGGGUUGGCGGGUUCUCGAAGAACCUCGUGAUCAUCGCUCAAGCCCCUGCGCUCUCUUGGCCCCUGGAGUUCUGAUGUCUUCUCUUUAAGGCCUGCCUCCCACUUUGUCAAGAAGAACUAGAAAGGAGGACUCUUGUGCUUGAAUGGUUUUGUUCCCUUGGAGAAACCCCAGAAGCUGAAGCUGAUGAGAAUCAGAUGAGGGCUCGUGGCCCCCAUGCACGUACGUCCCUCUGACCUCCCAGGCACCCUCACCUGUAGGUGAGCUUACAGCUGGGGGCCCACCUCCAGGCACCUGGGUGCUCCUUGCAGAGAUUCCUCUUCGGGCCACCAUGUAGGUAACCUGACGCCCUGUGCCUGACGUUUGCCACCUGGACGUUGGAGCCAGCAGGAGCAAUGCCGCCUGCCGUGGAGUAUGGCACCCAAGCCUGGGGCUAUUUCUGGAUCAGUUGAGGAUGUGACCCAGGAAAUCCAGUUUGGAGGUUUGAGGUAGGAUCGGACCUGAGCCCAGCCUCAGGGCUGUUUUUCCUUGAUGCCCCUCCUAGACUUUUAGCACAUCCGCCACCGACAGGCUUCCUCAGGUGUGGCUUCCUGCAGCUUCUUCCUUCAGGAGCUCCACCCACCGUCUGAGCCUCUUGGCUGUCCCGGCCUCAGAAUUGAACUGAGGGUCAUUCUGUGGUGAUAUCUGAGCAGUGUGGUCUGGCGGGAGAGAAAACAGCCUGGCGCUGGGGGAGAUACAUCCCUGUAUCUUCUCAACCCCUCACCAGGGACUGGGGAUUUAGGAUGAGAUGUGAUGACGUCCCACAGAUGCAAAGAGAGUUUGUGGCAGUAUUUUAAAUGAAUGGAUUGGUUUCCUGUGGCUCCCUCCAAACCUGGCCAAGUUCAGCUUCUGGAGCAGGAACCAGCACAGUCCCCGGGCCUGACUUGUAGCACUUCAGUCAGGAAGGAACGGGGACGGUAUUUCUGGACUCCUGGGGCUGCUGGGACCCUUCUGGAAGAGGCAGAUGGAGGAGCCACAGGUAGCUCAGAGCAUCAGCAGUAAGACCAUGAGAUGACUUGGGGAAGGACUUGAAACCAAGUGGCUCGGAGAAAACAGAACUGACUUAGGAAGGGAUUAUAUAGGAAUAAUGUUUGGACUUGAUUUCCCCACCUUCUAAUCAAGAACGAAAAUUUGGAUCUGCUCAUAGGCCCAGCAUCUCCAAAGGGGCAGCGCGGCCGCCUGCAUUUGGUCUGCUGAUCAUGUGGCCCCAACGCGGAUGAGUAACCCAGUCCUGUCUGUUCAAGACAAGCUACCCAGUGUCUAACUUCUUUAAUGUUGAGUUUUGCGUCUUUGUGGGGGUUUUUUAUACAUUGUUUACAUUUUGAGUAGCACCCUAUUUCAGAUGCUCUUUUGUGUUUCUGACAGUGUUGUUGAUUGGCUCAGAAUAUUUGAGCUGAAGUUUGGUCAAUUUUAGAUUUGUUUUUUAAAGGUCUUUGUGCUCCUUUCAAAGCCUUGGGUUUGGCCCUCUUAAUUCUUUUGGCAUUCAGAUGUUUAAAAGCUAUUUAUCUUGGUUUAUACAAGUUUUCUUUCUCUCUUUUUUUAUAAUGAUGAAGAUACUAUAUUUGGUUUGCAGUCUGAAUGUAGAGAAAGCGAAUUGACCCCCAAGAUUUGUCUGCCCCCACUUUUUCCCCAAAUCCCACCAUACCCUUUCUGAGCAGUAGAAGGAUCUGAAGGGAAGUAACCACCCUCAACCUCACUCUUCGCGGCUGUGAAACUUGGCAGCCUGGUGUAAUUCUGGGUCCCCAGAAUGAAGGUGUAAGAACAGGACAUGGCUGCCAGGGUGAGGUCUGGGUGGGGGGUGGCGAAGGGCAAGACCCACCUCCCGGUCCCUCUACUACUACCUGACAAGGCAGGGCUUCUCCCACCCCGCCCUUGUUCUGAGUCUGCAGCUAAGAAACUGGUUUCCCAGCCAAAGCAAAGGGUUCUCUGAAAACACCAUGGAGACCACUAGAUGGCCUCAGGCCCUUGUUCCUGAAACCAGGGGGUUUCGUCCUCCCAGUCUGAGCUCCUUCCCUGAGCCCCAGGCGUGAGGUUCGGGGCGGAGCUGGGGAGCCAGCAGUUCGGGAGCACGGACUGGAGUGCUCCAUCUCUCCUCAUCUUGCUCAGGGGUUACUGGUCUGUGGCAGGUGCCACAAGUGGCCCCUGUGGCUCUUCUCAGUGGCGCUCCCUAAACUCCCACCACAGGCAGCUCUUCCUACUUCACUUCUUUCUCCCGCCUGUGCUCUAGGUGGUACUCAGGGCUGGGACUACAGACCCCUGCCCUAGAGACCCCCUUCGAAGUCUGCCAGAGCCUGCCCUGGCUCUGGGGAGGGGGACCAAAGACCCAGGGCUUUUCUCAGUAGCCAGUCCCACCCCCCAGCUGUCUCUUUACCAGUUCAGGUUGGGAGAGAAGCAACCUCAGCUUUCCCCUGCGUCUGAGCUACUUGUGCGUGAGGGGCUGGAGUGUUUAGAUGAUGCCUUAGAUCUGUGGCUCUAAGUCCAGGGAUCUCACCUUUUUCUGGCAGAAAUGUGUGGAGGGGGAGUCCACUCUGAGCACAGGUAUCAAAGGGAAAACUUUCAUGUAAGUGCCCCCAAAGGUACCAGCCACCUGCAGGGGGCAGCGACAUGGCCCCCGCCUCCCUCUGAGAUGUGCCACUUACGAAGACCGCCUCUGAAGGGUGCUGAGAUCCCUUGGAGGCUGGAGAGGCAUCUUCCAGAGGAGGCAGGAACCGACAACCUUUGGGGGAUGGCCUGGUGCCGCUCAGCACACCCAAGCACCAGGUCAGACCAUUGUAAUAAAGAAAAUGUGAAUUAAGUAGAGAUUCAAUUUGGGGGGGCAGGAUAAACUAUCACCCCACCAUAUGUGUGUGACUUCUCCAUUUCCCACUGCAAUUUCCAUUUUUUAAAUAGGAAUUUUCAGCACCCCCUGUGCUUGUCUAAUGUCUCCUCGGAACAGCGUGAGACCCUGUUACUGUUUUAAAAUGCAUGCGUGUUAAGAUGAAUCUCCAACCCGAGGAAAAUAAAACUCAAAAAACUUUGUGUACA